UUUGGUGGAUGAAGUGCUUUCUGUCUAGUGAGGGUCCCAGGAUGUCUAGCUUCUGAUACUAAGGAGCCCUUUCAGAUCCAGGGACUGAAGGGUUAUUACUGUGGUGCUAGAGCUAUGCAGCUGGAGCAUUGUCUUUCUCCCUCUAUCAUGCUCUCCAAGAAAUUUCUCAAUGUGAGCAGCAGUUACCCACAUGCAGGCGGAUCUGAGCUUGCCUUGCAUGAUCAUCCCAUUAUCUCGACCACUGACAACCUGGAGAGAAGUUCACCUUUGAAAAAAAUUACCAGGGGGAUGACGAAUCAGUCAGAUACAGACAAUUUUCCUGACUCCAAGGACACACCAGGGGACGUCCAGAGAAAUAAACUCUCUCCCGUCUUGGACGGGGUCUCUGAGCUUCGUCACAGUUUCGAUGGAUCUGCUGCAGAUCGCUAUCUGCUCUCUCAGUCCAGCCAGCCCCAGUCUGCUGCCUCUGCUCCUAGUACCAUGUUCCCUUACCCCAGCCAGCAUGGACCUGCUCACCCAGCCUUCUCCAUCGCCAGCCCCAGCCGCUACAUGGCUCACCAUCCUGUGAUCACCAACGGAGCUUAUAACAGCCUCCUGUCCAACUCUUCUCCACAAGGCUACCCCACGGCGGGCUACCCGUACCCCCAGCAGUAUGGCCAUUCCUAUCAAGGGGCACCUUUCUACCAGUUCUCCUCCACCCAGCCGGGGCUAGUUCCCGGGAAGGCUCAGGUCUACCUGUGCAACAGGCCACUCUGGCUGAAAUUUCACCGGCACCAGACGGAGAUGAUCAUCACGAAGCAGGGGAGGCGUAUGUUCCCUUUCCUAAGUUUUAAUAUUUCUGGUCUCGACCCCACGGCUCACUACAAUAUUUUUGUGGAUGUAAUUUUGGCGGAUCCCAACCACUGGAGAUUUCAGGGAGGCAAAUGGGUUCCUUGCGGCAAGGCGGACACCAAUGUACAAGGAAACCGGGUGUACAUGCACCCCGACUCCCCCAACACGGGAGCCCACUGGAUGCGCCAGGAAAUCUCCUUUGGGAAACUAAAACUCACAAACAAUAAAGGAGCAUCAAACAACAACGGGCAGAUGGUGGUUCUGCAGUCCCUCCACAAGUACCAGCCCCGGUUGCAUGUGGUAGAGGUGAACGAAGACGGGACGGAGGACACCAACCAGCCGGGCAGAGUGCAGACCUUCACCUUCCCCGAGACCCAGUUCAUCGCAGUCACCGCCUACCAGAACACCGAUAUCACACAGCUGAAAAUAGACCACAACCCUUUCGCAAAAGGCUUCCGAGACAAUUAUGACACGAUCUACACGGGCUGCGAUAUGGACCGGCUGACGCCUUCCCCCAACGACUCGCCCCGCUCGCAGAUCGUGCCCGGGGCCCGCUACGCCAUGGCCGGCUCCUUCCUCCAGGACCAGUUCGUGAGUAACUACGCCAAGUCCCGCUUCCACCCCGGGGCAGGAGCCGGCCCGGGGCCCGGCGCCGACCGCAGCGUGCCCCACACCAACGGGCUGCUCUCCCCACAGCAAGCCGAGGACCCGGGGGCCCCCUCGCCGCAGCGCUGGUUCGUCGCCCCCGCCAACAACCGCCUCGACUUCGCCGCCUCCGCCUACGACACGGCCACCGACUUCGCCGGCAACGCGGCCACCCUGCUUUCCUACGCGGCCGCCGGCGUCAAGGCGCUACCGCUGCAGGCGGCCGGCUGCGCCGGGCGGCCGCUGGGCUACUACGCCGACCCCUCGGGCUGGGGGGCCCGCAGCCCCCCGCAGUACUGCAGCAAGUCGGGCUCCGUCCUCUCCUGCUGGCCCAACAGCGCGGCGGCGGCCCGCAUGGCGGCCGGCAACCCCUACCUGGGGGAGGAGGCGGAGAGCCUGGCCCCCGAGCGGUCCCCCUUGCCGGGCGCCGAGGACUCCAAGCCCAAAGAUUUGUCCGACUCCAGCUGGAUCGAGACCCCCUCGUCCAUUAAGUCCAUCGACUCCACCGAUUCUGGGAUUUACGAGCAGGCCAAAAGGAGGCGGAUCUCCCCCUCGGACACCCCGGUGUCCGAGAGCUCCUCGCCGCUCAAGAGCGAGGUGCUCACCCAGCGGGACUGCGAAAAGACCUGCGCCAAGGACAUCGGCUACUACGGCUUCUACUCGCACAGCUAAGGCGCGGCCAGCCCGGCCCCGCCGUCCUUUUGCACAAUAACUCCUCCGCGUUAGCGCACUGACCCCCCGCCCCUAGCGCCCCAUCCGCACCCCCGGCCCGGCAGGCAGAGCCGCGGCUGCCGCCGCCCCCCCCGGCUCCGCUCCGCUCCCCGCCAGGCCCGGCCCGGGGGCGCGGGGGGCACUGCCGCUCCGAGACCCACUGAUAAGUAGGAUGCUUAGACUCUCAGAACCGUACAGCGCUUCCUUCCUUUCACCACGGAUGGAUUCUAGGGGAUAACAGUAAUAGUGGGGGAAAAGAGCCUGUGAAAUGCCUGUACAUAAUAUUUAAUUUAUUGUAACCGACUACUUUUCUUUAGUUCUGUUUCCUCCUUAUUUGUUCGGAUUUUUCCUUUUUUUUUUUUUUUUUUCCUUUUUUUUUUUUGUUUUUUCUUUUUUUUUUUUUUCUUUCCUUUUUUUUUUUCCCUUUUUGUUUUCAUUGUUAAGUCACAAAACUUAGAUCCUGUUUAAAUUUCCUUUUAAAAUCCCCCUCCCCCCCGCCGCCCUUUGCUCCCUCUUCCCCCUGGUCCUCCCCAGGUAAACACCCUUUCUAAAUGCCUCUGGAAAUGUAGGGUGGUCCAAUAGCUGUAGCAGCGAGUAAUGGGUUUCUCACUUUCUCUGCAAUUCCUCGCAUGACAUAAUUACGCCGUGCCCUGGGCUAACACAGCUAAGGAAUAGCUCAGCUUUCCCUUCAAAAGAACAGAAAUAAGUCUCGUAGGAAAGUCGAUUAAAGUAGCAUGACGCCUUCCAAAAACAAAAUUAACUGCCUCUGUAUUUUUCUUUAAAAGGAGUAGCUCGACAUCAGCAAUAUUAUUAUUUUUGUGGUAUUCCUUGCCCCCCCCCCGCCCCCAAGUGCCAAAUCCAUUACUGGUCCCUGCAGGUGCCAAAUAUGCUGACAAACUCUUUUCAAAUUUCUUUGCAGUUUUCCCCUCUUUCUUUAUAUUGCUGUAAAUCUUUGUAAUGAAUAAUCUAAAAAAAAAAAAAAAAAAAGAAAAAAAAAGAUAUAGACGACUGAAUUGUUGGUAACCAUAGUGUAGUCCAGUGAAGAUGAAUCGUGAGUUGUAUAUUUUACUGCAUUUAGUUUUGGAAUUGACUUUUUCAUAAAGUAGCUAACCGAGAUCUGACUUCCUGGGGAAUCAAAUGCACAUCGAAAGUAAGAGCGAUCUUUCCUUGUAAACCUCUUAUUAUAUUAAUGAAGGACAACUAAUGUCCCUCCAGGUGUCCCCCCCGGCGAAGCAGAAUAGUAAGUCUUCGAAUUUUGAGUAGCAAAUCUAUACAAUUAACGCAUUUUUAUAUUGAAAAAAAUACCACAAUUACAAACUGAAAUAUGCAUCAGGCUAAAUAUUCAGUCUAGAUUACACUCGAGGAAAUUUCCUAAUAGAAAUUCAGGGUCAUAAACGUGUGUAUAUUUUUGACUCUUCUGUAAAUCGAAUGUUGUGAUUUUUAUAUUUGUUCUGUUACGUCUGUGGAACUGAAUAAUUUAUACCAGUACAUGCUCCAUUGAGAAAUGUUUCGGUUUUUGCCCGUUUGUAUCGUCUGUGUAUAACAAGUAAAAUAAACCUGGCAAAACGUUAA